GCGCAACGCAACGCAACGCAAGUUGCCGAGUCGGGACACAUGGCCACGGCCAUGGUCGACGAAAGAAGGCGAACCGCGCGGCCCUCUGGCGUCGCACCCCGUGGCUCGGCCGCUCCCGCCGCUGCAUUCCCCAUUUUCAUAUCAUAUUUAUUCCUCUUUCUUCUCCACCUCCCCAACCCCAACCCACAUUUUCCCAAUUUCUAAUUCCAUUUUCUAUUCUCCACCAUGCAUCUGUAUUUCUAUUCGGCGAGGAUCGGGGAGGGAGCGGAGAAGGAGGAGGAGUUCGCCGGAGAAUGAGACUGUUCGCCGCUAGGACGCCAACGAAUAAUUCAAGCACCGCCGUCGUAGCACCGCCAUCGCCACCAGCCACCGCUUGCGAGAGGAUGGGGAACUGUGGGACUAGGGAGGAAUCUGCUGCUGUUGUCUCCCAUGCUCAUCAACAAGUUCAGCAGCUCCACAUGUUAUCGCCGUUACCUGGUAAGAAUGUUGCUUCGGAGAAGGAGAAGGAUAAGGAAAGGAAGCACGGGCGCUCCAUUUCAGAUCUGAGCGAUCCUUCGGCCACUCCUCGUAUCUUUGACGACUCCAGCAAGAACGCACUGCUCUACACCAAUGUCAUCGCUUUUACCCUCUUCGAGCUCGAGACCAUUACAAAGAGCUUCCGCUCUGAUUACGUUCUCGGCGAGGGAGGUUUUGGAACCGUCUACAAGGGUUACAUUGACGAGAAUGUCAGGGUUGGCCUCAAAUCUCUCCCCGUUGCUGUCAAGGUCCUCAACAAGGAGGGCCUUCAGGGCCACAGAGAAUGGCUUACGGAGGUCAACUUCCUUGGGCAGUUGAGACACCCUAACCUGGUGAAAUUAAUUGGGUAUUGCUGCGAGGAUGAGCACAGACUACUUGUUUAUGAGUUCAUGUUUCGAGGAAGCCUUGAGAACCAUUUGUUCCGAAAAGCAACAGUUCCAUUAACUUGGUCUAAAAGAAUGAUGAUUGCCCUUGGCGCAGCAAAAGGACUUGCUUUCCUUCACAAUGCUCAAAGGCCUGUUAUAUACAGGGACUUCAAGACCUCUAAUAUAUUAUUGGACUCUGAUUACACAGCCAAGCUUUCUGAUUUCGGGCUUGCAAAAGCUGGCCCACAAGGUGACGAGACCCAUGUUUCUACUCGAGUAAUGGGCACCUAUGGUUAUGCUGCCCCUGAAUAUGUGAUGACUGGACACCUAACUGCCAGGAGUGAUGUGUACAGCUUUGGAGUUGUUCUUCUAGAGCUGUUGACAGGAAGGAGAUCUGUUGACAGGACCAGGCCGAGCAAGGAGCAGAGCUUGGUGGACUGGGCUCGGCCAAAACUGAACGACAAGAGAAAGUUGUUGCAAAUAAUAGAUCCCAGAUUAGAGAACCAGUACUCAGUGAGGGCUGCACAGAAGGCAUGCAGCUUGGCAUACUACUGCCUGAGCCAAAACCCGAAAGCAAGGCCUUUAAUGAGUGAUGUUGUUGAGACUUUAGAGCCUCUACAAAGCAGCAGCAUCAGUCCAAAUGAAGUCUCAUCAUCUUCGUUGACCUUUGGUGGUGGUACAUUUGCCCCGGGAAGGACCCCAGACUACAGAAUACAAGGUAGAUUUGCUGGCAAUGUUGGUGCCAGGGCUGGCUGUCGCUCUCCGAACCCCAACUGUUCCCCGGGGGGUCCUGCAGCAUGCCGGGUGAGAUGAGAAAAUGUCACAUACCCCACCCUCCUGUAUACUGUUUUCGUGUCCUUUUCCUCCACCCUCUUUUAGAAUGAUGUAAUUUUGGUUUCUAAAGGGUGAAUCUGGUAGUUGGUGUAAAUGGGUAACGGCCGAUUGUGAGCCGGUUCUGGUGGCUUGUGUAGCGACGACGCUCUCAUAUCAACAUUUUUGUGGUGCGUCUUUGUGAGUUGGAAGUGAACUUGCCGUGUAAAUGCAGUUGCUGAAUGCGCAAAAUAUGCAUAUGCCAGCCUGAGUUUGUCUGCAGUUUGUUAGUUAAAGAAGAUGGAUGCCUUUGCUUUGCUUUUUUGUUA